UAAAGUAAAUAUGCCUGGAAAUAUUCCAACUCCUACAGAAAAUAGCAAGGAAGAGGGUAGUAGCUCUUCUGAAAAAUCCAAAUCGUUAGGAUCAUCACGUUCUAAAAGGAAACCUACAGUUGUAACAAAAUAUGUUGGCUCGGAUGAUGAACAAGUCUUAGAUGAAACUAUGAAUCAAGAUGUUUCCAAUGAAAACUCAGAAAAUGAUGUUGAUAUGAAAAGCUUGCCUAAAGGUACAGUAGUAGUACAGCCAGAGCCAGUGCUUAAUGAAGACAAAGAUGAUUUUAAAGGACCUGAAUUUAGAAACAGAAAUACUUCUAGAAUGAAACCUGAAAUUCCAAAAAAACGUGGAGAGGAAGGGUUACAUGGGAUUGUGAGCUGUACGGCUUGUGGGCAGCAAGUAAACCAUUUCCAAAGAGAUUCCAUCUACAGGCAUCCCACGUUGAGGGUACUAAUUUGCAAGACUUGCUUUAAAUAUUAUAUGAGUGAUGACAUCAGCCGUGAUUCAGAUGGAAUGGAUGAACAGUGUCGAUGGUGUGCUGAAGGUGGAAACUUAAUUUGCUGCGACUUUUGCCAUAAUGCCUUCUGCAAGAAGUGUAUAUUGCGCAACUUGGGCCGCAAGGAGCUGUCUGCCAUCAUGGAUGAGAAUAGCCAAUGGCACUGCUAUAUUUGCCAGCCGGAGCCACUGCUGGACUUGGUUACCGCCUGUGAUAGCGUGUUUGAAAACUUAGAACAAUUAUUGCAGCAAAAUAAAAAGAGAAUCAGAGUUGAGAACGAAAAAAGCAGAAUGUAUGACAAUACGCUAAAAUAUUCCUCAAAGAAAAAUAGCUGCAACGGAGAAGAAAAGAAACUAGGUCAUUCAUAUUCCAGCGCUCUAACAUAUUCCUUCAAAGCAUUAAUGGUGCCAAAAGACUUGCUUAAAAAAACAAAAAAACUGGUUGAAACAACAACCAAUAUGAACACUAGCUUUGUAAAUUUUUUGAAGGAAGCAAGUGAAAACUCUGAAAUAAACUCAACAGUACACUUACGUCAGCUGAAGGCUUUUAAGUCUGUUUUGAGUGACAUCAAAAAGUCUCACUUGGCAUUAGAGGAAAAUCUGACUCUGGAGAUCCAAGCUCUAGAUGCUAAAAUCCGGCAAAGAAACACCAAAGAGAAAGAAACUGAAGUUAAAGUGGAUAACAAUGAAGUAAAGCAAACUGAUGAAAAGGAACUCAAAGGGCAUAAAAUUGCACUGGAGAUUAGUGAGCCUAUGAAUCAGAGUGUGCCCGUAACGGAACAAGCAGGUGGCAGGAAAGCUGGCUGCAAAGAUAAAAAGUUGGGGAAAACAGAAGAGCUUCAGUAUGAACCGCAUAAUGCUGAGGCAACAGAUAUGGACAUUGUGUCUGUUCCCUCAUCUGUUCCUGAAGAUAUUUUUGAAUCUUGUAUGGAAGCGCAGAAAGCCGCGGGUGCAGCAGACCAAGGGACAGCAAAGUCAUUAAUACAAUCAACUAAAGACAGUAAGGGGGGGAAGAAGUCAAUGCAGUCCACCAAAGUUACUAAAGAGUUGGUUGUGAAACUGACACCAGUUUCUCUUUCCAGUUCUCCUGUGAAAGCUGAAGAUCUUGAUGGGAAAUCAGGAAAGAGUAUUAAGAAAGAAAGUGGAAAAGAAAAUUGUAGUAGCAGUUCUGAAUGUUCACCAGAAAAUGAAAUAAGUUCUUUGGUAGAAGAUCCCGAUCUCAGGCGGUCUCCACGUGUAAAGACCACACCUCUGAGGCGACCAGCAGACAUUAACACUUUAACUUCUAAUUCGGAAGAGGACAGCAAUGACGCUCACCAUGGAAAACACAGAAGAAAAUCCCCCAAAUCUAAAAGUGAUAAAGAUAACCAGAGUUCUCCUGAUACUACAGUUCACAGCCCUCAGUCUACCAUACUUUCUGAUUCAAAGAAACUAGACACCGUGGAACAAAGUUCUGAUUCUGAUGAGGUGCCUGCAGUCCUCCAAGAAGUGGCCAUUAUGAGCCAUAGUUCCUCAGACGUUGACAGCAGCGGUGAAGUACCCAAAGACUUGUUGAAUGACCUAAGGCGGAAACCAGCGAAAGACGAUAAAGGAAAAAGGAAAAGAAAAAAUUCUAGUUCUGGGUCAGAUUUCAAUGCCAAAAAAGGCAGGUCCAGUAAAAUUUCUGCUAAAAAGAAGCGUGAAAACAACUCCGAUUCUUCCAAUUAUGAUUCUGAGGUAAUGGAGGACGUAGGUAAAAUUGAGUCAACAAAGAAAGCUAUGAAAAAAGACCCAAAGGGAGAGAGUCACGAGUCCUCAGAAGAGGAACCAGAUAAAAAAGGGAAAGCUCAUUCACCGCAGCAGGAGGGUAGUUCAUGCAAUGAAGCUGAUAAUGAUGAACUCUCCACGCUGGAUGAAGGCCAACUAAGUAACUCUUCAGAAGAACCAUCUUGUAAAGAGGAAAAGCGAGCAAAAAAUGUCAAAGACAGCUCCUCCAAAAGCAAACAGGAUGCCCCAUCUGAAAAAGGAGGAGGUGAGAUUUCAGAAGGCAUAAUCAAAUCUUUGGCGAAGGAAGGGCUGGAUCCAUCUUCAGAUGAUACUGGGCAGUCUCCCAAGCAAGAUCAAAGAAAUGAAUCUUCUGAUGAUGCCAGAAAGAAGUCUAAAAAAGUCACAAAAAAGAAGGAAAGUGUGACCCAGAGAGAAACCUCUGCAAAAGGGCAAACCGAUUCCUCUUCUGAAGUGGACAAACCUUCUCUGGAUAAAGACAGCUGCACUGCUUCAGGAAGUAACAGUAAGAAGCAAAGUUCUACUGAAGGGACAAGGCGCAACCUGAGAGAGAGGACAGCUAAGAAACUUCAGGGUAAUUUUGCAGACGCAAAGAGGUCUGCCAUGAAAGAAUCGGCUGUUGACUCUUCAGAGGAUGACGGCUUAAAUAAAAAUGGAAAAGAUGCUAAAGAAAAGAAAAAAGCGAGUCCCAAAAGAAAAAAUUCACCCAAAGUGACCAGUGACUUACUGUCAUCUUCUGAUGAAGACUUAUCUGAGGACAAAAAGAAAAAAAAAAGAGGGGCAUCCAUCAAGGGAAAGAAAAAAAGUGGUCCUAAGGAGAGAGAGAGAACUAAGACUAAAAAACCAAAAGAUGAACCCACCACCACGUCUUCCUCCUCGACUGAGGCUGAAAACGACAUCAAUUCAGCAGGAGAGGGAAGCAGCGAUGAGCAGAAAAUUAAACCAGUGACAGAAAGCUUGUUGGUGGCUACGAAAAUAGGAUUUUGUCAGUCUUCAGGUGUGCACAAGAUUAAGUUUAAACUAUGGUUAUUGUUUGUUCAUGCAGUGCAGUUCGUUUGGGUUGUCAUCUAGAAAGUGUUAUGGUGGCAAAAAUAGGCCACAGAAGCACGGACUGUCCUGGAAAAAGAUCGUUAUGUAGUGCGUCACUUUUUUAUUGGGUCUUGCAAACUUCAAGAGUGCAGUAGGAGCAGGGCAGGGAAAGUCUGUUGAAUCUUGUUUCUUAAGGGAAGUAAGCUAACUAUUCUCACCACAUACUGCUAAUGUCAUUAUGGCUAAUGUCAAGUGGGUAUUUCUCCUUGAAUAAUUUGGGGGGGGGGGGAUUCAAAUAUAUUUUACUAUUUGAAUGGUACAGAAGUGCAAUACGUGGUCUGAAAGAUCAACAUGUUGUGUUAAUUAUUGGAUUUUUAAACAUUCCCAUAUCCACAUGAAUUACAGUUGGUGAUAUCUGACCCCAAAAUAGGUUUGUUUGUUUAUUAUUUAUUUAUUUAUUUAUUGCAUUUCUAGUCCACUCUCCCCUGUUACAACAGGCUCAGAGCAGUUUAUAAUAUUUAAUUUGCAAUAAAAUCAAGAUAACAAUGGCACCCUAAAAUGAAAUCCAGCAAAGGGGGGAGCGACCUGAAAUGAAAUAACAAUACCUGUACAACCCUAUGGG